AUGGCUAGUUCUUUGCCCUUUAGGGAUAUUAACGUUCAUGCCUCGACAUCGCAUUACGCAUUCACAUCUCCAUCGUCCCCCUCAGCGCCAACACUCGUAGUAGAUCGUCCAACAGGGGAUUUACGACUCAACGAUGGAGCACUCUUGGGAGGAAAGCGUGUAUCCAGUAUUGCUGGCAUAUUGGGCAUGAUCAAAUUACGGCUGGAUAAGUACAUUAUUGUAAUCACAAAGGCACAACCAAUGGGAAGAUUGAAGGGACAUAUGGUAUACAAAGUUAUUGCGACCGAAUUCCUUCCUCUCCGAGAACGAGCACUUCGAGACCAAGAUGAGGAUACCUACCUUAACCUCCUCAAAGCUUUCAUUAAGUCUGGACCGAUGUACUUUUCCUAUUCCUCCGACAUCACCAAUACUUUCCAAAGACAAUCGCAACUCGAUACAUCAGCUCCUCUGUGGAAGCGAGCAGAUCCCCGAUUUUUCUGGAAUAGAUUCGUUCAAUCAGAUUUGAUAGAUUUUCGAACAUCAGGUUCACGGCAUCAGCAUGGACAACAACCGGGAGUGGAUCCAUAUAUCUUGCCAGUUAUGUUUGGAAUGCUUGAGAUUGCUCACACUAAAGUCAAGUCUACCCAAUUAACAAUUGCAUUGAUCACCCGAAGAUCCAGAUACCGAGCUGGAACCAGAUACUUUUCUCGGGGAGUAGAUGAGGAAGGGCACGUCUCGAACUUCAAUGAGACGGAGCAAAUCAUUAUUCUCAAUGACAAUACUAGUGGGCUUGGUGGGUUUGCAGGAGGUGCUGGAAUGCAGAAUGGCAAAGUUGGAGGGUCAGGUGGCAAGGAGAUGCAAAUACUGUCGUAUGUACAAACCAGAGGGAGUGUACCGAUAUACUGGGCUGAAGUCAACACUUUACACUACACGCCAAAACUUCAGAUUCGAGGAGUAGAGAGCGCUGUUCCUGCUGCCAGGGCGCAUUUUGACGAGCAGAUUCGAAUUUAUGGAGACAACUAUUUGGUAAAUCUGGUGAACCAGAAAGGACGAGAGCAACGGGUAAAAGAAGCAUAUGAGCAGAUGGUGAAGAUUUUGGUUUCAGCGCCAACCGAAACCAGACAGGGCGAUCAAGUUACAGAUGAGAAGUUCCGAGUGGUUGAGCCCAGUGGACGGAGGCAGGAGAUGGAUAGACUACACUACGUAUACUUCGAUUUUCACAACGAAACCAAAGGACUGAAAUGGCACCGGGCACAACUACUGCUUGACCAACUCAGCGCUGCUCUGGAAAUUCAACAAUACUUCCGUGGUGUUGAUAUGCCAGGUGAUAUUGAUGGUCGACUUGAAGUUCGCAAUCACCAAACAAGUGUUGUCCGUACAAACUGUAUGGAUUGCCUUGACAGAACAAAUGUCGUUCAAAGCAUGCUUGGUCGUUGGACCCUUAACCGCCAAUUAACAGAUCUCGGAGUUCUCAGCCGUGGCGAGAACUUCACAUCGGCCGACCCACAAUUUGAAGUCCUUUUCCGCAAACUUUGGGCUGACAAUGCUGAUGUCGUCUCAAAAUCCUACUCAGGAACCGGAGCUCUCAAAACAGAUUUCACACGCACAGGUGUUCGGACUAAAGCUGGUGCUCUUCAAGAUCUCCAAAAUUCCAUUACGCGAUACGCGAGAAACAAUUUCCUGGAUGGACCUAAACAGGAUUCCUUCGAUCUUUUCCUGGGCUAUUACCUCCCCAGUAACACAAAUAUUGGCUCUCAUCUCAUUACUGCCGAUCGAAGACCAUUACUCAUUCAGAGCAUCCCUUAUAUCCUCGCCUUCAGUAUCUUCUUCGUUCUUGUUGGCCUUUUCACCCCUCGUUUACCUAAUGCAGCAGUAUUGCCGCUGAGAAUCUGGAUUAUGGUUUGGUUGGUGGUCGGAGCAUGGUGUGCUAAUUUUGUUUAUGGCAACGGAAUGCUAUAUGUCAACUGGCCCAAACUUAAUCCUCGCCCUUGGGCAACGGAAGGUUACAACGAAGCAAUAAGCAACGUGCGCAAAGACAAAUUAGUCGGCGGGCUAGUGACUACUAAGCAUGAGCGUGGACUGAGCACAGCACGAUACACAAAUGCCGAGGAAGGAAAAAAGAGAAUCGAGUAG